AUGCAGUUUGCCACUCUUUUCGCCCUUGCCACAGCUUUGGUGAGUGCCACAGCAGACGCUAAAACGUACUCCGCAAAGAUGAGUAAGUUCCCUGUUGACGAGACUCUCAACCCAUACCGCUUCAAGGACUAUACCGAUGCUUUGGUCAACAAGUACACCCAGGCUUUCUUUGGUUCUGGUAACACUGUUGACGGCGGUCGUCAACGUGUGGCUGAGGUCCCAUUUGUGUCUGACUCGAGCAAACACGAGGCACCAUUGACCAAUUACCUCAAUGCGCAGUACUUUACUGAGAUUCUGUUGGGUACUCCAGGCCAGCCUUUCAAGGUGAUUUUGGACACUGGUUCGUCCAAUUUGUGGGUGCCUUCUAAGGACUGUACUUCUUUGGCCUGUUUCUUGCACACCAAGUACGACCACGACGAGUCUUCGACAUACAAGAAGAAUGGCACUGAGUUCCUGAUUCAAUACGGCUCAGGUGCCAUGGAGGGUUACAUCUCUCAAGACACCUUGGCUAUUGGUGACUUGGUUAUUCCAAAGCAAGACUUUGCAGAGGCUACCUCUGAGCCAGGUCUUGCCUUUGCCUUCGGUAAGUUUGACGGUAUUUUGGGUUUGGCUUAUGACACCAUUUCCGUCAACAAGGUUGUUCCACCAGUGUACAACGCCAUCCAGUUGGGUCUUUUGGACCUGCCUCAAUUCGGUUUCUACUUGGGUGACACUAACAAGAAUGAGAAUGAUGGUGGUGUUGCUACCUUUGGUGGCUACGAUGAGUCUUUGUUCUCUGGCAAGCUUACUUGGUUGCCUGUCAGAAGAAAGGCUUACUGGGAGGUCAAGUUCGAGGGUAUCGGUUUGGGCGAUGAGUACGCUGAGUUGGCCGAGACUGGUGCUGCCAUUGACACUGGUACUUCUUUGAUCACUUUGCCAUCUUCUUUGGCUGAGAUUGUCAACGCUAAGAUUGGUGCCACAAAGUCUUGGUCUGGUCAAUACCAGGUUGACUGUGACUCCCGUGACAACUUGCCAGAUUUGACCUUGAACUUGGGUGGAACCAACUUCACAUUGACCGCCUACGAUUACACUUUGGAGGUUUCUGGCUCCUGUAUCUCUGCCUUCACUCCAAUGGACUUCCCUAAGCCUAUUGGUGACUUGGCCAUCGUUGGUGAUGCCUUUUUGAGAAAGUACUACUCUGUGUACGAUUUGAAGAAGGAUGCCGUUGGUUUGGCCCCAGCAAAGUAA